AUGACAACCAACCCCCGCCCCUCCCCACCCACCACCUCAACCGACCUCGAAACCGACCUCCUCACGCACCUGCUCACCACCCCGGCCCUCGACGACCUCCACAGCACGCUCCUCGCCGCCCUGCAACGCACGGGGUGGACCGAGAAGAUCCGGCGCCUAGCCCAGGAGCUACUCCGCGGGGGACGGUGCGAGCGGUUCGACGAGGUCAUCGAAGCGGUGGUCGCCUCCGCCGAGGGGCGACGCCAUCCGUCCCUCCUCGCCGCGCCCGGCAAAAAAAAAAACGGUGCUGCAACCAUCAAAGACGAAGAUGACGACGACGACGAUGACGACGUCCACGCGAACGGGAAGAAAAGCGGCAACAACAACAGCAAUGGCGGCAAUGCAAACAACGCCGAGUAUUUCGAGACGGUGGAUGUGCGGAUCCCCUGCGCGGUCGUCGAGCAGGGCGUGCGCGCGAUCAAGGAGGUUCUGCGCGAUGUAGCGGUGCUCGAGGGGGAUGGGGAUGGGGUCGGGGAUUCUUCUUCGUCUGCGGCCGCCGGGGAUGGCGGGGAUAAGGAGAAGGAGAAGGAGAAGGAGCACACCACCACGACCACGAAGACGCCAGGGCCGAAGGAUCGCGUGAAGGGGGUGAAGAAUGGGGAGAGUAACGGGUUCGGGGCCAGCGGGAGUCCCGUCAAGAAAGGGGAGAAGAAGAUGAAGCCGAAGCAGGGGAAAUAA